CUGGUAAUCACACGUAAUCUGAUUGUAUGCUCGUUCUCUUGAUUGUUCCGGCGUGAAGAGCAACUGGUGUUGCCGGCGUCUGCAGCGGUCGCCACACAAAGAUUGUUGCGCCUCUAAGCGGGCAACGCUCUUGUCAGACCUCUGCCACAUACGCCGAUGACACCAGUUGCCGUUCACACACACAAGGACGGCCACACACAUGACCUGGCCUCCAUCCAUCACGGCACACAUGCGCAGGCACACUGACAUCGACCGCACGAAAAAGGCAGCGAUAUAUACAGAGCACACUCUCUCACUGAGUUCUGUCAGCUACAUACACACACCAACCCGCGACCUCGACUUGACCGAUCCACCCAUCCAUCCAUCCAUCUACUGGUGCUUCUUGGUGUCGGCGGGCCCGCCCCCCUUGUCCUCUGGUCCUCCGCUCUCCGAUAUCGUCUGAGAGGGCGUGGGUCGCGUGCUGGCGUUGGAUGGAGGGUUGACCACUCGCAGCCGCGGCACACGCCCUCCGCGCCGCAGCUCCUGCUUCUUGACCUCCACAAGCAGCACACCGGCGGAAUACACCAUCAUCACCUGAAUGGAUCAAGACAGGACAGGCAGAUAAUCUGAGCGGUUGGUAUUGCUUGGUGCGUGCGUGUGGCGGUGAGGGCUCACCACGAGGAGGAAGCCGAUGAGGACGAGGGGGAGGGAGAAGACAAUCGAGAUGAAGGCACCAUUGGCGUCGAAGUAGUUCUGCGUAGCGACCGUCUCCCAGUGCUCAGACAGGAACGAGUUGAGCCACUGACUGCUCCCACAUAACACCGCUGAACCAACCAGCACACGCACACGGGCAAGACAACACACAUUGGCUUCCAAACAUCAUGCCUCUCUCCUCUGGCCUGUAUGUGUACCUAUUGUGAAGAAGAUAACGGCCUGCAGGGUGAACCUCCGGUGUGAGAGGAGGACCAAGAGCAGCACCACGGAGUGAAAGACGAUGAGUGAGACGACGAGCGGCUCCGUCCAGUUGAUGGCGUCGAGGAAGUCCCUCGCCUCCUUCCAGAACGUCCUCCGGCUGCUCAUGAACUCCAUCAAGGUCUUGUUGAAGAUGUCCACAAUGUCCAGCUGCUCAGCAUCAAGCUCCGGAUCCAUGACGCUCACAAUUGGAUGUUCACUCAGCAGCGCUGAGUCACGCAACUCUUCAGUGGUACUUCGCGCUGGCUUCCACACAAGCUUGAGGCUGUGCUUUCGUUUUCGCUG